CUGACACUUUGACCUUUUAGAACAUCCCAAGGUUUAUGAGGUAUCACAAGUGGAACGAGGACGUCUGGAAUGAUGAACGUUCAAUCAGACAACUCCAGGGGUCUCACUUCAGAGAUCCUCAGACCUCCACCAUCUUCAUCGUUUGAACUUGAGGAAACACGAGGCCGGAAAGAUCUCAUGUUCCCUGUCCAGCAGGUGUUGGUGAUUAAAGAAGAAGUUCCUCUUGAAUGGUGUUCUGGUUUGGACCAUCAGGACCUGGAUCACAUCAAGAAGGAAGAGGAGGAACUCUGGAGCAGUCAGGAGGAAGAGGAGGAGACUGAUGUCAGCAAUUUACCAUUUACUGUUGUUACUGUGAAGAGUGAAGAUGAAGAAGUGGAAUUACAAUGUUCUCAGGAUCAUCACAUCAAAUUUGAAGACAGCAGAGAGACAGAACCUCCGACCUGCAGCUCAGUUCAACUGAUGAAAACUGAACACAACGGAGAGGACUGUGGAGGACCAGGACCAGACUGGAACCCAGAUCCAAGAUGGUAUUUUCAGCUAAACCAUGAUGAAAAGGUUUUAUACUCCUCUGAGACAGAAGCGGGCAAUGAUGAUAAUGUUAGUGAAAAUGAUGAUGACGACGAUGAUGAUAAUAGUGAUGAUGAAUAUGAGUGGCAGGGCCCUUUGUCAGUUUCUGAACCUGAAAUUGAAAAGAGUGGUGAUAAUCAGAAAGAGAGCAUAGCACCUCAAUCAGAUAAAAACAGUGAUGAAAAAUGUAACCCAGCCAAGCAGAAUCAAGAUUCAAAGACAAACUGUUUGAAAGACAAAAUCCACUUUAGCUGUAGUGAUUGUGGACAAAAUUUUACUUGUAGAGCAAAUCUGAGGAUGCAUCGAUCAGUUCAUAAUGGUGGCAAAUCGUAUAUUUGUGAUGUUUGUGGUAAAAGAUUUAAAAAGCGAGUCCAUCUUACAGAUCAUGGUAGAGUCCACACAGGAGAGAAGCCAUUUGGCUGUGAUCUGUGUGGGAAAAGAUUCAAACGCAAGUCCUACAUUAAACCACACAUGAUAGCUCACGCUGGAGAAAGAGCACACACCUGUGAUCUUUGUGGCAAAGGGUUUUUAGCAAAAAAGGCUCUUAAGGUACACAUGAGAAUCCACACAGGAGAGAGACCAUUUGACUGUGAUGUUUGUGGUAGAGGGUUUAAUAAGAAGUCCAAUCUUAAAAAGCACAUGACUGUCCACACAGGAGAGAGACCAUUUUACUGUGGGUUCUGUGAAAAAGGAUUUAAAACUCAGUUUGAUCUUAAAAGACACAUAAGCAUUCACACCGGAGAGAAACCGUUUGUCUGUAGUGUUUGUAGUAAAAGAUUUUCUCUCCAAGAAACUUUGAGGAGACACAUGGGUAUCCAUACAGGAGAAAAGCCGUUCAGCUGUAGUGAAUGUGGUAAAAGUUUUUUAGAGAAGAAGCAGGUAACGCAACAUAUGCUAGUCCACACGGGAGAGAAGUCAGGUUCUGAAAAUAAGAUCAAACCAGAAGAGAAACCAUUUGCUUGUAGUGAGUGUAGUAGAAGAUUUCAAACAGAGGCAAACCUUAAAAUUCAUAUGGGAGUUCACUCAGAGGAGAGGCCGUUUUAUUGCAGAAUUUGUGAAAAAAGGUUUAAAACACAGUACGAUCUUAAAAGACACAUGACUGUCCACAGUGGAGAGAAACCGUUUGGUUGUAGUGUUUGUAACCGAAGAUUUUCACGACAAGAGUUUCUGAAGAGACACAUGGUGGUUCACUCAGAGGAGCAGCCCUUUGGCUGUGAGAUUUGUGGUCAUAAAUUUAAAUACAGGGCUGAUGUUGUCACGCACAUGGUGGCACAUCAUGAUCCUGUUGUGGAAAGCUCCUCACUCUGA